AUGGUUUCUAGUAACCCCCCGACCCCUCCGCCACAUUCUCUCCGUCACAUCAAGUCCACGGAACCCAGCCCACAUCCACGCGCCACCGCCACGAGCCCAAUCACAUCAGGGCUCUCCCUCCUCCCCGCGCGCACGGUGCCAUUACGCACAGCGCCAUUACGCACAGCCACUGUUUGGAGGAAGCAGAGGUCUCUUGGCGCCUUUGGAGGUAGAGAGGAGACAGACCAUAAACGUCGGCCAUCUUGGGUGACCAUGAAGCCAAAGGAGGACCUGAACCCUGCUCUACUCCUGCUGUUCCACCUGGUCACCUCCCUCUACUCUGUCCUCACCUUCCUCCCAGCUCUGCUCCUCCACCUGCUCCGGUCUCCCUCUGGUCAGACCCACUACGGCUCCGAGGAGGACCGGGCCAGGAGGAUCAAGGCCCGGUCCGUGUCGGGUCUGGGGGAGGGGCCGUACCGAGCCGUGAGCGCCACCUCCAGGCUGCUGACCACGGUGCAGCCGGGAGUCCACACGCUCGACAAGAUGAUGGAGUUUGCGGCGGAGAAGUUCAAACACCGGGAUUUUCUGGGAACGAGAGAAGUGAUCUGUGAGGAGGACGAGAGGCAGGACAACGGGAAGGUCUUUAAGAAGUCAGGUACCCGAGCUUUAACCCUGAUUCUUUUUCCUGCAGCGUGCCGAGAGCCGCAGCCGCCCCUGCCCCGGGACAUCGCAGUGAUCAUGUACACCUCCGGCUCCACAGGGGACCCCAAAGGAGUCAUGAUCUCCCAUAGCAACAUCCUGUCCGGGAUCACAGGCAUGGCCGAGCGCAUCCCCAACCUGAGUGAGGAGGACACGUACAUCGGAUACCUGCCUCUGGCCCACGUCCUGGAGCUCAGUGCAGAGCUGGUGUGUGUGUCUCACGGCUGUCGCAUCGGAUACUCCUCUCCACUGACCCUCGUCGACAAGUCGGCAAAGAUCAAGCCCGGAAGCAAAGGAGACACCAGCGUUCUCCAUCCCACUCUGAUGGCAGCCGUACCAGAGAUCAUGGAUCGCAUUUAUAAAAACGUGAUGGAGAAAGUGGAGGCUGCGAGUUUCUUCCAGAGAACGCUCUUCACUCUGGCUUACAAAUACAAACUGGACCAGUUCAGAAGAGGACUCAGCACCCCUCUGUGUGACAGGCUGGUUUUCCGUAAACUCCGCUCUCUCCUCGGGGGUCGGGUGCGUGUGCUUCUGUCUGGAGGAGCUCCUCUCUCUGCUGCCACCCAGAGGUUCAUGAACGUCUGCUUCUGCUGCCCCGUCGGACAGGGGUAUGGACUGACCGAGACCUGUGGAGCCGGCACCAUCAGCGAGUCUUGGGACUACAGCACCGGGAGAGUGGGAGAGCCUCUCGUCUGCUGCGAGAUCAAACUCAGAGACUGGAGAGAAGCCGGGUACCAGAGCACGGACAAGCCUCAUCCCAGAGGAGAGAUCCUGGUGGGGGGCCCCAAUGUGACCAUGGGGUACUACAAGACAGACCCCAAGAUGCAGCAGGACUUUGUGGUGGACGAGAACGGCCAGCGCUGGUUCUGCACUGGGGACAUUGGGGAGUUCCACCACGACGGCUGCCUCAAAAUCAUCGACCGAAAGAAGGACCUUGUGAAGCUUCAGGCUGGAGAGUACGUGUCUCUGGGGAAAGUGGAGGCCGUUUUGAAAAACUGUCCCCUGAUCGACAACAUCUGUGCCUACGCCAGCAGUGACGAGUCGUACGUGAUCUCGUUCGUGGUGCCCAAUCAGAAGCAGCUGGAGGCUCUGGCCGAACAGUACGCCGUCCGCGGCUCCAGAGCAGAACUGUGCAACAGCGCCACCAUGGAGGAGCUGGUGCUGAAGGUGCUCACGGAGGCGGCGCUCGCAGCCCAGUUAGAGCGUUUUGAGAUCCCCCGUAAGAUCACCCUCAGUCCGGACCCGUGGAUGCCUGAGACCGGACUGGUCACCGACGCCUUCAAACUCAAACGAAAUGAGCUGAGGUCGCAUUACAAACACGCCAUCGAGAGAAUGUACGGCGCCAAGUGA